AUGUUUUCGCUACUCUUCGCUUUUCUGGCUGUCACUGCAUUUAAAAGUGCCUUUUCGUCACCCUGGGAUAUGGUUGAAGUGUUACUUGUCAGCGAAUACAACAACAAUCAGAAUUAUCAUAAGGCGCAGGAUGAUUUUAUGGAGUUGUUUGACGAAUUUGCUGAAACUCAUGGACUACACUACAACAAGAGAAAUUUGCGUAGGCUGGAAACGUACAGCGGUAGCUACCAAAUGGCAAAAUAUGGACUGCGAAACACUAACUGUGAAGAUUUCCGAAAGUUUCUCAGCGGCAUCAAGGCACAAAAGUAUCACCUACAGUAUGCCUCUGUUAGUUGUGGUCCGAUGACAUUCUCCUACUGCAUGGCGUUCUCUUGUGGUCCGUACGACUAUCACCCGCAAACAACUGCACCUGCAGGAGCUAGAUGAUAAUGAC